AUGCCCCGGCCGGAGCUGCCCCUGCCGGAGGGCUGGGAGGAGGCGCGCGACUUCGACGGCAAGGUGUACUACAUAGACCACACUAGCCGCACGACCAGCUGGAUCGACCCGCGAGACAGGUACACCAAACCACUGACGUUUGCGGACUGCAUUAGUGAUGAGCUACCGCUGGGAUGGGAAGAGGCGUAUGACCCACAGGUUGGAGAUUACUUCAUUGACCACAACACCAAAACCACUCAGAUUGAGGACCCUCGAGUACAAUGGCGGCGGGAGCAGGAACACAUGCUGAAGGAUUACCUGGUGGUGGCCCAGGAAGCCCUGAGUGCACAGAAGGAGAUCUACCAGGUGAAGCAGCAACGCCUGGAGCUGGCACAGCAGGAGUAUCAGCAGCUGCAUGCCGUCUGGGAGCACAAGCUGGGCUCCCAGGUUAGCUUGGUCUCUGGUUCAUCAUCCAGUUCUAAGUAUGACCCUGAAAUCCUGAAAGCUGAAAUUGCCACUGCAAAAUCCCGGGUCAACAAGCUGAAGCGAGAGAUGGUUCACCUCCAACAGGAGCUGCAGUUUAAGGAGCGUGGCUUUCAGACCCUGCAGAAAAUCGAUAAGAAAAUGUCUGAUGCUCAGGGCAGCUUCAAACUGGAUGAAGCUCAGGCUGUCUUGAGAGAAACGAAAGCCAUCAAAAAGGCCAUCACCUGUGGAGAAAAGGAGAAGCAAGAUCUUAUUAAGAGCCUGGCCAUGCUGAAGGAUGGCUUCCGUACGGACAGAGGGUCCCACUCAGACUUGUGGUCCAGCAGUAGUUCUCUGGAGAGUUCUGGCUUCCCACUGCACAAACAGUACCUGGAUGUGAGCUCCCAGACGGACAUCUCAGGAAGUUUUGGUACCAGCAGCAACAAUCAGUUGGCGGAGAAGGUCAGAUUGCGUCUUCGAUAUGAAGAAGCUAAGAGAAGAAUCGCCAACCUGAAGAUCCAGUUGGCUAAGCUUGACAGCGAGGCCUGGCCUGGAGUGCUGGACUCAGAGAGGGACCGGCUGAUCCUCAUCAAUGAGAAGGAGGAGCUGCUGAAGGAGAUGCGCUUCAUCAGUCCCCGGAAGUGGACUCAGGGAGAGGUGGAACAGCUGGAAAUGGCCCGGAAGCGUCUGGAGAAGGACCUUCAGGCGGCCCGGGACACCCAGAGCAAGGCGCUGACAGAGAGGUUAAAGUUGAACAGUAAGAGGAACCAGCUGGUGAGAGAACUGGAAGAAGCUACUCGACAGCUCGCAAUGCUGCACUCACAGCUAAAAAGCUCCUCCAGCAGUAUGCAGUCACUGUCGUCGGGCAGCAGUCCUGGCUCUCUCACGUCCAGCCGGGGCUCUCUGGCUGCCUCCAGCUUAGAUUCCUCCACUUCAGCCAGCUUCACCGACCUCUACUACGACCCCUUCGAGCAGCUGGACUCGGAGCUACAGAGCAAGGUGGAGCUUCUCCUGGAGGGGGCCAUAGGCUUCCGGCCCUCGGGCUGCAUCACCACCAUCCACGAAGAUGAGGUGGCCAAGACCCAGAAGGCAGAGGCGGGUGGACGCCUUCAGGCCCUUCGAUCCCUGUCUGGCACCCCGAAGUCCAUGACCUCCCUAUCCCCACGUUCCUCCCUGUCCUCCCCCUCCCCGCCCUGCUCUCCUCUCAUCGCCGACCCGCUCCUGGCUGGAGACGCCUUCCUGAGCACGCUCGAGUUUGAAGACCCUGAGUUGAGUGCCACGCUUUGUGAACUGAGCCUUGGCAGCAGUACUGGGGAGAGGUACCAGCUGGAGGAGCCAGGAAUGGAUGGCAAACAGUUGGGCCAAGCCGUGAAUGCAGCCCAAGGAUGCAGUCUCAAAGUGGCCUGUGUCUCAGCUGCAGUGUCCGAUGAGUCCGUGGCAGGGGACAGUGGUGUGUAUGAGGCUUCUGUGCAGAGACUCGGUGCUUCUGAAGCGGCUGCUUUCUUCGACAGUGAUGAAUCAGAAGCCGUGGGUACAACACGAGUUCAGAUUGCCCUGAAGUAUGAUGAGAAGAAUAAGCAGUUUGCAAUAUUAAUCAUCCAGCUGAAUAACCUUUCUGCUCUAUUGCUGCAACAAGACCAAAAAGUGAACAUUCGUGUGGCUAUCCUUCCUUGCUCUGAAAGCACAAUCUGCCUGUUCCGUACCCGACCCCUGGACGCUUCAGACACCCUCGUGUUUAAUGAGGUGUUUUGGGUGUCUGUGUCCUAUCCAGCCCUUCACCAGAAGACCUUAAGAGUCGAUGUCUGUACCACUGACAAGAGCCAUCUGGAGGAGUGCCUGGGAGGUGCCCAGAUCAGCCUGGCUGAGGUCUGCCGAUCUGGGGAGAGGUCAACUCGCUGGUACAACCUCCUGAGCUACAAAUACUUGAAGAAACAAUCCCGAGAGCCUAAACCAGUGGAAGCCCCUGGACGCUCCCCAGGACCUGAAAGCACGGAUGCAGUGUCUGCUCUCUUGGAACAGACAGCAGUGGAGUUAGAGAAGAGGCAAGAGGAAAGGAGCAGCACACGGACCCUGGAAAAUAGCUGGAGGUAUGAUGAGGAGACCAGCGAGGAUGAGGCAGCAGCGGAGGAAGAGGAGGGAGAGGAAGACGUGUUCACUGAGAAGGCCUCACUGGAUAUGGAUGAGUGCCCAGCAGCAUUAAAGGUGGACAAAGAGACCAACACAGACACACCAGUCCCAUCCCCGACUGUGGUGCGGCCCAAGGAUCGGCGGGUAGUGAGCACCCCAUCCCCAGGGCCAUUUCUUCGAGGGAGCACCAUCAUCCGCUCUAAGACUUUCUCCCCUGGGCCCCAGAGCCAGUACGUGUGCCGGCUGAAUCGGAGUGAUAGUGACAGCUCAACUCUGUCCAGAAAGCCACCUUUCGUUCGUAACUCCCUGGAGCGGCGCAGCGUCCGGAUGAAGCGGCCUUCAUCAGUCAAAUCCCUGCGCACUGAGCGUCUCAUUCGUACCUCGCUGGACCUCGAACUGGAUCUGCAGGCCACGAGGACCUGGCACAGCCAGCUGACUCAGGAGAUCUCGGUGCUGAAGGAGCUCAAGGAGCAACUCGAACAAGCCAAGAGCCACGGAGAGAAGGAGCUGCCACCGUGGUUGCGUGAGGACGAGCGUUUCCGCCUGCUGAUGAAGAUGCUGGAGAAGCGGAUGGACCGAGCCGAGCACAAGGGUGAGCUUCAGACAGACAAGAUGAUGAGGGCGGCUGCAAAGGAUGUCCACAGACUUCGCGGCCAAAGCUGUAAGGAGCCCCCAGAAGUGCAGUCUUUCAGGGAGAAGAUGGCAUUUUUCACCCGACCUCGAAUGAAUAUCCCCACGCUCUCUGCAGAUGAUGUCUAA